GUUCCAGGUGCCAACUCCUGUAUAUCGGCGAAACCAAGCACAGGCUCGAUGAUCGUUUUGCUGAACACCUCCACUCAGUCCGCCUAAACCUACCUGAUCUCCCGGUUGCUCAGCAUUUUAACUUCCCCUCCCAUUCCCUGAGCUUUCUGACUUGGGCCUCCUCCAUUGUCAGAGUGAGGCCAUACGCAAAUUGGAGGGACAGCACCUCAUAUUUUCCACCCCAGUGGUAUGAACAUUGACUUAUCUAACUUCAAGUAGCUCUUGCUUUCCCUGUCUGUCCAUCCCCUCCCCCUUCCCAGUUCCACCAACACUUACUCUUUCCGACUACAUUUUAUCUCUGUACCGCCUACUCCCCUGACAUCUGAAGAAGCAUCUCGACCUGAAACAUCACCCAUUCCUUCUAUCCGUCCCGCUGAAUUACUCCAGCAUUUUGUGUCUAUCCAAGGCUGAAAUAUAUCCUUGCAUCCUCCAUUGAUCUAUUGUAGUAUUAGGCAAACUGUAAUGGGCCCAGGUUCUUGUUGAGGUAGCAGUUGAAGUGCACCAUAUGGUAACUGCCCUCCUGUACCAAACUCUUUUAAGGUGAGAGGGAAAAGAUUUAAUAGGAACCUGAGGGGCCACUUUUUCACCGAUAGAGUGGCAGGUAUAAGUAAGUAAGUAAGUUUAUUAGCCAAGUAUUCACAUACAAGGAAUUUGCCUUGGUGCUCCACCCACAAGUAACAACAUUGUUACAAUGCCAGUUACGAAUGACUCAGAAAACACUAAACAUUAAUAAUAAUAAGACAUUAAUGAUAAAACACCAUUGAUCAAGCAUGUGAACCAACAAAAUACCAGAUCAAAGCGAGGCUACAGAUUUUUGGCUGUUUAGUAGAGCAACUACUCGUGGAUAAAAACUUUUUAUCUCUAUUUUAUAUGGAAAAAUAAACUGUUUUUAUAUGGAAUGACCUGCUGGAAGAGGUAGUUGAGACAGGAAGCAUCACAAUGUUUAAGAAACAUUUAGACAGGUGCAUGGAUAGGAUAGGUUUUUGAGGGAUAUAGACCAAACACAGGCAGGUGGGACUAAUUUAGAUGAGGCAUGUUGGUCGGCUUGAGCAAGUUGGACCGAAGGGCCUGUUUCCAUGAUGUAUGACUCUAUGACUCUAAGCACUUCAUCACCACAGAUGUUAGUGCCACUGGUUGACAGUCAUUGAGGCAUGUCACUUUACUCUUACGGAGCACUGGUAAUAUUGAUGCCCCUUUAAAGCAGGUGGGAACCUCAGUAAUGAGAGGUUGAAGAUGACCGGGUACAUUCAAAGGGUUCAUCCUCCUAAAGUAUCUUCUGACGUCAGACUCGGUAACUGUGAUUCGAAUACUAUCAGGGGACUACGGGGGCCCAGGCAGGGGCAUCAGUGUUCACCCUAUCAAAAUGUGUAGAAGGCCUGGAAUUUGUCUGGGAGUUAUGCCUCGCUAUCAUUUGAGUUGCCCCUUGGUUUUGCGAUGUAGGAAGUGAUGGUGCCCAAGCCCUGGCACAGCUGUUGAACAUCCUUCUCAUUCUCCAGUUUAUAGCAAAAGGCCAUUUUAACCUUUUCGAUGGAAUCUGCACUGCCACGUUUGAACAUCUAUGAUUCAAGGUGGUUCAGGUGCGGAGAAAAGGAACUGGAUAGGUCUGCUACAUCUGAGUAUCAGGAAGAGUUUACCAUGCGGCAUGCACCACCACCUCUAGCUUUCCCCUAUGCCUCUUCUGCCCAUGCGAUAAAUGAAAAAAAAAACUUUGGGCUUGAGGGCUGAGUCUGGGGAGCUGAGGGGUAAUGUUUUAGGGUGUUUUAGGGUUUAGGGCCACUCCGCGACCAAGUUCAACCCUGACAUGUGGUAACUGCGAAAGCUUGCAUCAUCUCCUUGUGACCGGGGUUCAUUGCAACAUUGGAAAAAAUAGGGGUCAGCCACUCUAACUUCCCUUCAGUAUGGAGAUGAGUUGCAGAAUCUGGGGGAGGGGUCGAGAGAGGGGGAAUUGUUGCAGAAAAUAGAAUGGAAUUACAUGCAUCAUCUGCAUCUGCCGGGUGUCCAUAAUGGGAUUGGUGUAGGGUUAGUGUAAAAUUUUGUUUGGCGUUUGUGUUAGUGUAAAAUUGGUGUUUGUGGGUGGAAGGCUGCGUUGCUGUGUCAUAUGAGUCUAUAUGACUUUCCACUAAUUCAUUUCAUAGAAAACACAGCGGAUCCCAAGAUCGAGAGUGGGGAAACUCCCUUGUGCUCUGGUCGCUUUGAGUGUAUGAGUUGUUUAACUCAGUUAGAACUUUUUGGGGAAACUGACCGUCAGCUUUUACACAUGACCAAUUCAGAAAAAUUGAAGCUUUGUAAAACUACGCCACGAGGAUGUCAGAAGACCAUCACACACGUGGAGAAGCUUGGAGUGAAUAUUAUCGGAUGUGAAUGCACGGAAGCAUCACGCGGACACACCCCGCCUCUUCCUCGACAGUUUGUGCAUGGACUUUAGCCCCCAAACACACAGGCAAUAAUACGCGUUAUUGGGCGGCCAUUCGCACUGUUCCUCUGUGACUGAUAAUUUACUACCUUAUUAUAAACUAAAUUAGAAUUGAAAGAAUUUAGGCGUCAUUUCUGGGAACCGUCGUGUCAACUAGGAAAGUGAAAGAGAAAAAAAGACUUCGCCGCGGGGGAUAUUGAUUGACAGUAAGAAAUAUUAACGAUAGAUCGAUCAUGGCAACUGAGCAAAACUUUGGCAAGUGGAAUUUUGCACUGUUCCUACUUGGUUUUGUGCUGUACCUGACUGACAUUGGGACCGAUCUUUGGGUUGCUGCUGUGUACUACAUCGGCGGGGACCGAGUGUGGGCUCUCCUGGUGCUGUUAGUGAUACUGGUUUCUGCAGUGAUCCUGCAGAGUUUCAGCUGGUCCUGGUAUGAAGACGAUGAGAAUAAUCCAGACCUCGGUAACUCAGGCUGCGUCGGUUGGCGUUGGUGUCGCCGUGUGCUGCAUAUUUUUCAGAUGGGAGUGCUGCUCAGAUACAUAAAGGCACUUGAUUAUGGAUACCGGGCAGCAUUUAAAACAGAAGAUACUCACAGGAAGGCCAUAUACUCAGUUACAGAUUUGAGCAUGUUACGGUUGUUUGAAGCAUUUUUGGAAACUGCACCUCAACUUGUUCUUCAGGCGUUCAUCCUGCUGAAAUCUGAUAACAGAGAAUAUAUUCAGUAUGUGUCUGUGAUUUUGUCAUGCAUGAGCAUGUCAUGGGCUACUUUGGACUAUUAUGCGGCACUAAAAAAAUCUUUACCUGAUCAACCAAAGCUAACCUGCGGAUUCCCUUAUUUGUUGUACUUUUUUUACAAGCUGUUGACACUUAAUGCAAAAAUUUUGCUCAUAACCCUUCUGGCGACGACACAUGUCAUCGAUGUCAUUGUCUACCUGUGUGUUUUAUGGUUGGUUAUGUUUAUUUGUGUAUUUGUGCAGAAUACAAACUUCUGUACAUCCACGAUUCAGGAAGUUAUUUACAAGGCAGUGGUUGCCAUCAUCUUAGUUUUCACCUUUUUCAAUAUAAAAAAUAAGAAUACAAGAUUGGUUAUGACCCUCUAUUAUACCUUUAGAAUUCUUGAAACUGUUUCACUUCUUGUCUUCUGCUGGUUUCUCAAAUGUUCUGCGGUUGAUAAAGACAUUGAUUUCCCUGUUAGUGUAACCAUUGGGUUGUCACUAAUACUUGGGGUUAUUUGCCUUGUGUUGUACUACAGUUAUUGCCAUCCAACAAGGGCAAAUGAUCAAGACGUUGAAUAUUCUGACAAUACACAGGAAUUACAAACAUCUUGUGAUGAAGUUGAUGGAUGCCUAUCUAAAAAGCCAACAGUUAUACUCAACAAUAUAAAUGAAAACAGCACUAUGAUUCAUUCAACAGUUGCUAAAUCCAGAAAUAUAAAUAGUAGAUUAGCAAAUUGUUUAAGUGUUUAAUUAAAGAUAUAAUUGGAGUCAAUUGACUUCUUUCCACAGAUGUUAUAUUUAGUGUCAAAAAUACGUCAUUUUUGGGACAUCAUAAUUUUCUGAUCUGAAGCCACUGAUGAUGCCACCCUAAGCCCACACUGCCUCCCCGCCUUCCAGACCAAGCUGCCAAUGGCGGCCCACACCUCCUCCCGGGCUGCUUCCAGGCCGCACCUACUGCCACUACCGCUGACCCACACAGAUUCCUUGGCCACUCCAAGGCCGUCCCUGCCCCCACCACUGGCACCGGCGGCCCUUACCUGUAGUUUGGCCGCCCGAGGGCAGCGACCAAUGACUCUUACGAUCCCCGCCUCUCCUAAGCUCAGCCACCAUCAGGCAGGGCAUCAACUCACCUGGAUUCCAGGCGCAGUCCCAGAUCGAGAGUCUGAAGAAGGGUCUCGACCUGAAACGUCACCUAUUCAUGUUUUCCAGAGAUGCUGCCUGACCUGCUGAGUUACUCUAGGACAUUUUCACGCAGAGAGUGGUGAAUCUCUGGAACUCUCUGCCACAGAGGGUAGUUGAGGCCAGUUCAUUGGCUAUAUUUAAGAGGGAGUUAGAUGUGGCCCUUGUGGAUAAGGGGAUCAGGGGGUAUGGAGAGAAGGCAGGUACAGGAUACUGAGUUGGAUGAUCAGCCAUGAUCAUAUUGAAUGGCGGUGCAGGCACGAAGGGCCGAAUGGCCUACUCCUGCACCUAAUUUCUAUGUUUCUAUUGUGUCGUUUUGCGCAUAAACCAACCUCUGCAGUUCUUUGUUUCUACAACUUACACAAUGAUAAUUCCUUACUCGGAUAGAGCGGAAAAUUGUUAAUAAUGGGCACCAUUCCCUCCCCUCUGGUCCAUUAUAACGAGAAUUUAUUGUAUCGCUGUUGCGAGCAUCAUGAGAAUAGCACAGAGAAUGAAGUUUCAUUUACAAGGCACUUUUCAUGGCUUCAGGAUGUCCCACAGUAUUUUGCAGCCAAUGAGGUAGUUAUGAUGCAUUGUUAUUUUAAUGACAUGAAGCACGUGCCAAUUUACACAAAAUGCUCUUUUAAUGAAAAUUGAGAUGAAUGCCAGACAAUUAGUUUCAACUAUAUCGCUCGAUGGAGUUGAGGGUGAUGGGAAGAUAUAGGGUAGGGCUAGUCAUUGGGUGUUGGGGAAUGAGACAUGGACUCGUAUAUUCAGCUGGGAUACCUAGGGAACUUUUCUGGUGCUGAAAAGCCUCCUACUGUAUUUUUUUUUCACACUCAGAUUGUGGUUUGGUUGAACAUAUCAACCAACAGAAAACAACUUCUUUAACUCUGAGGUGCCAGAGAAAUCUCAUUGGAUAUGACAUGGGCAUCACACGCCUCAGCACUCGUGAGUAAGGCAAGGCAGCGCCUUUACCACCUCAGGCAAUUGAGGAAAUUCAGAGUGUCUCCGAGGAUCCUCCAGUGCUUCUACGCAGCGGCGGUGGAAAGCAUCUUGUCCGGGAACAUUACCAUCUGGUUUGGGAAUUGCUCUGCCAAGGACAAGAAGGCUCUGCAGAGAGUAGUGCGUUCGGCCGAACGCACUAUGGGAACUUCACUCGCCCCCCUGCAGGAACUAUACAACAGGAGGUGCAACUCCAGAGCAAAUAAAAUCAUGGGAGACCCCUUUCACCCCUGCAACGGACUGUUCCAGCUGCUACGGUCAGGCAAACGCCUCCGUUGCCAUGCGGUGAGAACGGAGAGGUUGAGAAGGAGUUUCUUCCCAGAGGCAAUUCGGACUGUAAAUGCCUAUCUCACCAGGGACUAACUCUACUGAACGUUUUUCCUUCCAUUAUUUAUUAUGUAAAAUAAUAUGUGUGUUAUGAUUGUGUUUAUAAUUUGUUUGGUUGUUUUGUUGUUUGUCUUUUGCACAAAAGUCCGCGAGCAUUGCCACUUUCAUUUCACUGCACAUCUCGUAUGUGUAUGUGACAAAUAAACUUGACUUGACUUGACUUGUUUUAUUUAUGAAUUUUUCCUGCUCUGGGUGUCAUUGGCAUUGGCAGGAUUUAUAGAGUUAUAGAGUUGCUCAACUCUAAUUACUCUUGAGUAGGUGGUGGUAAACUGUCUUCUUGACCUGCCACAUUCCUUCUGGUGAAGGUUCUCCCACUGUUGUAGUAUAGUUGUUGAGUUUAGAUGAAUAAUGAUGCAGCUAGAGCUGAAUUAGAAACUCGCUCCAUUCCCAUGGGUGUCCCUAGUGGGUGUAGGGUGGUGUUAAUGUGCGGGGAUUGCUGGUCGGUGCGGACUCAGUGGGCCGAAGGGUCUGUUUCUGCGCUCUGCCUCUAAACCAUGAUGUGCAAGUGAGCUGACAGCUACUCACAACAACCACAAGAUGGUCUUUUUAUCCAUGAAAUUCCUAGCCCCAUCCACAACAAUUAAAUACUCAGAUUCAGAAGGAUAUAUUUCAUCAGCAAUGUACUGUUGUGUAGUGGAUUUUCUAAACUUUGUUGUAUUUAUUCUGUUUAUUAUUGCUAUUAAUGUGAAUAAACCAUUUUUAUUAUAUCUGUGCAUAUUUCCUAAAGGCUGACACAGCUGCUAUUUUUCCUAUUAAGCAUUGCGUAGACUUAGUCACAGUCAUAGUCAUACAGCUCGGAAACAGGGCCUUUGGCCCAAUUUGCCCAUGCCAACCAAGAUGCCCAACUCUGUCCCACAUGCCUGCGUUUGGCCCAUAUCCCUCUAAACAUUUACUAUCCAUGUACUUGUCCAAAUGUCUUUCAAAUAUUGUUAUAGUGCCAGUCUCAACUAUCUCCUCUGGCAGCUCAUUUCAUAUACCCACCACCCGUUGUGUGAAGACAUUACCUCUGUUUUCUAUUAAAUCUUUCACUUAAAACUAAAAUAUUCCUACUUGGCUAAGGUGUUGCAAUUCAAGUUUCCUUUGUGCUAAUUGUCAUUCAUUUUCUGAACAUAAAAUAUAUAUAUUUCUGUUGUAAUUCUGUCUGAAUAACACGUUGGAUCCUAAUUAUGUUCUUAUUUCCUCCUGCCACCUUACCUGCCCAUGCUCUCCAUAUGUUCUUCUUAGUGGAGCUUCACUCCAUCCUUAAUCCCCAAUCCAACUAUUCCACAACUGUUCUUCUCUCCGGCUACCUCUUUAACUACAGAUCCUUCAACUGCUGCAUUCUCUCUAUCUCUCUAUAUCGCUCUCUUUCACUCACACAGC